AGCGGAAGCACUAAACGGCGUUCUAAGAACGCUGCAUCGCCCUUCUCUGCUUGAACCUGCUUGGUGGAAUACAAAAAUGAAGCCUUUAAUAUCACUCAAAGCAACAUUCAUUUCUUUUAUUGUAUCAUUUGUGUGCAUUAAGAUCGCCUGGUGCAACAAUGGCCGGAGGGUUAGCGACGCCCAAGAUGCGGAAUUCAGUGAUUUCUCCGUGCCUCUAGAACAUUCUUUUGAAGUUGAUGACGUAGGCAGGUUCCGGGUGCGUGGAGCGCUGCUGCUGAAAGCCGGCAGAGAAUCUGGAGUGUCCCUGAGUCAGAACCACCUGACGCAGGACGACAGAAUCAAGCUCAAAGACGUGGCAUCAGUGGAUGGUUUGUACCGAAUCCGAGUGCCUCGGGUUUCGCUGCAGGCUGACAGACAGAUGGAGCGACAUAUGGAAGGAUACCUCACCGCUUUUGUCAGAGCUUGCGCGAUGGUGGAGUCCCACCUGAGCGAUGUGAUCACCUUGCACACGGACUUGUCGGGCACGCUGAUCGGCAUUUCCAUCGUCACACUGCCCGGCGCCUGCACGGGGACGGACGUGGAGGACGAGGUGGACCUGGAGCUCUUCAACACUACGCUCAGUGUCAUGGCCCCCGUCAACGCGCCCGGGCCCGAGACGGCUCUGUUCCUGGAGCGCAUGGAGCAGGAGUCAGAGAAGAAAGGCAAGAAUCCCCAGGAGCAGAAGUCUUUCUUCGCCAAAUAUUGGAUGUACAUCGUGCCCCUGGUUCUCUUCCUGAUGAUGUCAGGGGCUCAGGACCAAUCAGGGGGCGGUGCCGGUGGUGGCGGAGCGGCCAACGGCGGCGGCCGAUGAUCCAUUUUUUUGUGCUUUCAAAUUCUCGUGAGCUGCUGUACAUGCGCAUUUAAUGUGAUCUUUUCAUUUUUGUUUGUAAUGGGACUGUGAAGAACAUAAUAAAAGUAUUUAUGAGCCCA